CUACAUACAAAAAAUGAUUCACGUGAUAUAUUUGUUGCUAAUGGGAAUCUAGGAGAAGAUUGGUUCAUUUUUCAAGUACCUAUUGAUAAGGAAGUUAUCUAUACCCAGUUUAUUGCUACAAAAGGCAAUGGGAUUGGGACAAUAUUGCUAGACAAUGUUGAAUUUACAACAAAUCUUUGCAACAGUGCGCUAAAUGACGUUGAAUAUUGUUCGUUUGAAAACCCAAUACUAUGUGGACUUCGAACAAGUGAAUCAAGCACCUGGAGGCGUGGAAGUCCUAGCAUACUGCAAGAAGGCGUAACUUAUGAUGCUGACUAUAAUGUAAAGGGUUACUUUUAUUUCAUUAAGCCAAAUGAACUCUCUUCAAAUACUGAAAACAAUAACAUAACCUUUGAUGUUUCGGUUACAUCACCAAUGGCGAUACAAUUCUCAUAUAUUUCGAUUGGUGGAACUUCGACUUCAUUACAUGUCAACUUUAACGAACAACAACGGAUGGUUCCAGUCGAUAUAAGAGAACAUUGGGUAUUGUCAGAUUGUUAUGACCUUCCUGAGGACUUUGAAGGAGAAAUUGUAAUUGGAAUAGGAAAUGAAGAGACAGAAGCUCAGUUCGUAGCCAUUGACAAUGUAAAACUUGUAGAAAUAACAAAAUGCACGGGUCCAUCUUUAUCAUGUGAUUUUACCUCCGGGAACACGUGCAAUUACAAUUCGCCUGGAGAUACGUGGAAACUCGCGGAAACAUUGAUGAGCACAGGAUCAGGGACAGUUAGGGCUCCGCCAGUACUGCUUUCGACAAGUUAUUGCUAUGGGUUCUUGUACUCGGUCAAAGCUGUGGAUUCAGUUGACGAGUUACCAACGUUAUAUUUAUAUCGCAAUGAAAAAGAAAUAUGGAAAACAGACGGAAAUACAAGGUCGGGAAACAGCACUGUCCAGAUUACUCUGGAAGCAGAUGUAACAGAUCUGUAUUUUCAGAGCGAAGGGAAAGGAUCAUAUAUGUUGUUUGAAACUUACAUUCAAGAAGGGAUAUGCAAAGAUCUUUCAGAUUGUACAGGAUUUAUAUGUGGUGACAGAUGUAUAUCAGCUGGUCGGAAGUGUGACAGAACUGUCGACUGUGUCCAUGGAGAGGACGAGGAUGAAGCUUUGUGUGGUAACAAUACUUACCUUGGAAAUUUAAAACCAAAUUUAAAGGGUUUUUCAACAGGGACUAAUCUGGAACGUACAGGAUUUCGAACGUCAGAUUCAUCUUACGUUGAAUGGAAGUUAGAAUCAAAUGCUACAGUUACUGUAAAUGACACUGAGAAGUUCAUCAGUUCUCAAUCUCUGAUAACUCGCUUUGCAACUCUUCUGGCCAGACCAAGUAUUCUUGAAUCAUUUGAGUAUCAUCUGGAAGAAGAUUCAUGUCUGCAAAUAAACUAUUUCGGUGAUGUACCUUAUGGAAAAAUCCAGCUCAUUUACGGAAGUAACGCCGACAAAGAUGCAGAAAUUUUCUUCUACGUCAGUCCCAGUGCAGACGUGAGGCACAUUUCUGUACCCGUUACCAGUGGGAAUGUCCGUUUGCUUUUGUAUGUUUACAUGUUCGAUGUUCGUAAUGACCACCAGGGCAGUUUUCCAGAUUCGUCCGUGUUUGUAGUUAAACAGAUUAUAAUGCAUGCUGGGAGAUCAUGUGAUAAACUGACUAUCGAAUGUCCGAAUGAUGCAGAAAAUGUAUGUCUUGACAAACGUUCUUGCUACUCCGAUGCCGAGAAAUGCAAUACAGUUUCUAAUUGUUUCGAUGAAUCGGACGAAAUGGAAGAUUGUGGUUAUAAGGUAGUGUGCGAUUUUGAACAUCCCGUUAUCUGCGGUUAUGUGAAUAUUUCUCCGAGAAGGACUUACAUAGAUUACCGACAAUCGUUCGCAAGCCUACAAACUGUCUGGGAACGCAUAGCCAGUUCUAGUAUCACGAGACCGACAACCGAUCAUACAUUUCAAAUUUCCGGUGAAGGACAUUUCCUCACGUCAAAGAACAAUGAGGGUUUGAUUGACAGAACACGUUAUGUAGAUGUAGAAACAAUGCAAUCUCCUUAUGAAACGUUUGAAGACGACGGAUGUAUUACCUUUUGGUAUUAUUUGAAUAGUACCGAACAUCAACCGAAAACUACAUCCGCCCAAAUCUUUGUUUAUAUACAGUACGAAGAUACAGGAGAGAAGCUAUUGCUUUGGUAUGACCAUAUAAAUCGUCCGUUUGUAUCAUGGGUUAAGGGAGGUGUCGCAGUGUAUGGUAAUCGACCUGCUAGUCUAAUUGUGACAGCAAAAACGUCCAUACCAUUUGAUGGAUUCACAGGAGUUGUAUCAUUUGAUGAUGUUGCGUAUUCUGUUGGGAACUGCCAUAUCUCUAAAUUAAACUGCGACGCUGACAUGCAUCAAUGUACUGAAGGCAAAAUAUGCAUCCCUGACAGCUUUGUUUGUGACGGUGAGGCUGACUGCCAGGACCGGAGUGAUGAGCGUUUCUGUGACCGUCCGAAUGGAAGUUUGAAAUUAAUUGGUGGAGACAGAUCUUACGGAAAACUUGCAUAUUUUUAUGACCGUGCCUGGAGACCGGUUUGUUACCCUGAAACAGAUGAUGAACAAAAUCUAUUCAAGUUAAACACAGCCCAUCAUGUUUGUAGGGAACUUGGAUUUAUAGGUAACUCAGACUCGUUCAAAUAUAAACUUUGGGAAAAGUACAGCGCAACCAACAUUGAGCUUUAUUGUUCUGACGACCAUGGAUGUCAGGUCAAUAUGACGUCAGCACAAUGUGAUCAGUAUGCCUACAUCAGGUGCUCUAACGAAGUUUGUUUUAGUGAUGAAGUUGUUUGUCCAGGAACCAGAUCAACAUGCGUCCCGAGAUCGUUUAUAUGUGAUGGCCAACAAGACUGUCCCAACAACAUGGAUGAAACAACAUGUUAUUGCUACAAAGACGAAACAAAAUGCACGCAUACAGUGGAUGAAUGCAAUGAUAAGACAUGCGAAACUUGUGAGGAAAGAGGAAUGUUUGAAUGUUUUGAUCAUGAAUGUGUUUUGCUGACUCAAAGAUGUGAUGGUAAACGUGAUUGUGGUGAUGCUUCGGACGAAUACCGAUGUGUUCAAAUAGAGGACAACUUUGAGGUGUCUGUGUUUAUGAACAGCACACUUACUCGGGAAACAGUCUGUGUAGAUGAUGUUAGAUUUGAAGAAGCUGAUCUGUUUUGUCAAAUGGCUGGUCAAGGCGACGUUGCAGAAAUAUCAAGUGGUUUUGAAAGAAGAAAGCGUGGCAUAAAUCCGGUCACAUUUGAACCCAUGACAAACUGUUUUCCCCUGAGACUUAAGUGCUCUAUGCCAGAAUGUGGCACCACGAUGAUACAGGACAAUUUCAUUCAACCGUUCGUGAUAAACGGAAGAGAUGCGUCUAUCGAAGAGUGGCCUUGGUAUGGACAUCUACGUCUGAAUGGAACUUUUAUAUGUGGAUUGUCUCUCAUUGAUCCGUUAUGGGCAAUAACAGCAUCACACUGUUUCGGAAGAUAUUCAUUCCACGUAGUUUACACUGUCAGUUUUGGAACGGACAGCACAGGCUCUGACGGUGAAUGGCAUCAAGAAAUCCCUGUCCAAGAAAUGUUUGAAUAUGGUUAUAUUACCUCACCUUGGCUUGUGCAUGACAUCACCUUGUUGAAACUCAAAUAUCCAGCGCUAAUAAACAAUUUCACGAGACCCGUCUGCAUGCCCACUAUGACGUCACUUAAUGACAUCAGAACACAAGGCCCCUUUGCAGAAUGUUUUGUCAUAGGUCUAGGAACGUCAGAAAAGCUUUUUGCAGACCCUACGUCAGCUGAUCUCCUCCCAGACGUCUUGCAGAAGAAACAAGUACAGGUUUUGACAAAAGAAUAUUGCACAGAAAGUUGGACCCCUUUAAGUCUGUAUCCGGAUAGCUUCCCAGAGAAUGUUGUCUGUGUUGGCACGGAGAGUCCGAGUUCACCGGUGUGUUUUGGUGAUUCUGGUGGACCUCUUGUCUGUAAGGCGAACAGUGGACGGUGGGAAUUGUUUGGUUUGGUGAGUUUUGGGUACAGAAGUUGUUUCCAUGACCUCAUACCGACCGUACUGACCUCAGUGGCAAAUUACAGAGAAUGGAUUAAAGAUGUGACAGGUUUGAAGCUUGGACAAUAACUGUACCUGCUAUCAACUUUGUUUAGAAUGGAGAAGAAAGGCGUAGACAGUAAACAGCGUGUUGUACAGAUUUAUAAAGAUGUAUAGAAUUUUCCUAUUCUUUUAUCUGUUAUGUUGCUUUCAUUUAUAUUCGAAUUAAUAAAACUUCAAUCAAUUAAUGAAGUGUUGUUGGGAAAAAGGGGAACACUCCCAGUGUGACAAUGAAUAUUUUGUUAUAUUACAUAAUAUCUUGAGCUCUCAAUAUCUUAUUUUGAAGGUGCCAAGUAGUAUCUCGAUCGCUC